CUGCUGUGUUAUCUACUAUUGGCACGUGCAUGUAUUUAUUUUCUUGAAAGUGAACAGUUAUCCUUUUAAUUUGUGUUAAAAUCUGUUGCAAUGACAAGAUUUGCUAGGGCCGCCGGUUCUAAAGCAUCUAAUCAAAGAAUUCCUGAAGACAGUACUCCUUGGUUUGUAUUGAAGCAGCAAGUGGCCGACAGUAAACAAAGAACUGAAGAAACUCAAGAGAAUGAAACAGAUUGGAAAAAUGUUAUUGAUUCGGAAAAGAAAAUUGAAGAAAACAAGAACAGUGUCUGGUGCGAAUUUGAAGAAGAGAAUUCAAAAGCCAAGGUUAGUAAGAAUGUUAAUAAGAGUCAGACAAUAGAUUCAAAGAAAUUGGGAAAAAAGAAGUCAGCAGAAAAUGAAUUAAUUGCUAGUAGUUUAAAUAUUAAAAAGAAAAGGAAAUCUAAGUUGUCCCAUGAAAAUUUGGAUUCAGCAAAUGAUAAUUUAAAAUCUGACUUGAAAAAUAUAAAGACUAAAUUGAAGUUGAAAAAUAACAAGUCAACCUUCGAAGUAGAAGAAUUACCUCAAGCGAAAACAGAAGAAUUGCCGGUCCUAAGUGAAUCUAAUACUUCUUUUGAGAUAGAAAAAAUUGAUAACCCAUCUAAUGAUGAUAACAUUUCUAUCAAGAAGAAAAAGCGGAAAAGAUCAAAAAAUAUGGAUAAUUUGGAAUACUCUGAAAACCAAUCACCUGACCGUAAUGAAAUUGAAGAAGGUAAUCAAGUUACAGUCACAAAUGAAAAAGAAGAUUUGUCUGGUGGUUAUGAAAAUAAUAAGAAAUCUUUGAUUAAAAAUAAUACUAUUACUCGGAAGAAGAAGAAGAACAAAGAAGAGAUGCCUUACAAACGCCGGAAAUUAGAUGAAGGUGAUGUUAAGCUAGAUAUAAAUGGUCAAGAAAUUUGGGUUACUCGGCUUGAUGGAUUCUACAUUAAAAAGGAAGAUGCAGAGAGGAUUAGACAAUUAGAGAAGGAUUUAUUAAAACGGGGUGUGUCAAAGCAAGAAGUGAGAGCUGUCAUUAAGAAGGAGAGAAGAAAUGCAGAAAAAUCUUUAGCCAGAUUAAAAAAGAAAGUUUGUUAUCACUGCCGUAAAGGAGGUCAUACUCUAUCAUCUUGCCCUAUGCUUGCUGAUAAUGGGGUCUACACAGUAGGAAGUGGUAUUUGCUAUAAAUGUGGCUCUACAGAACAUACCCACUAUCAGUGCAAAGUGAAUACUGGAGAUUCCUAUAAAUUUGCUACUUGUUUUGUCUGUAAACAGGAGGGUCACAUUUCGAAACAGUGCCCUGAUAACCCAAGGGGCGUUUACCCCUCAGGGGGAGGCUGCAGGCUUUGUGGAGAUGUCACUCACUUCAGAAGAGAGUGUCCUACUCUUCAGGAAAAAUCUAAUAAGGUGACUGUGGGGCUGAUUGACCAAGAUAUCGAAACCUUAGAUGGUCAGUCUAAUGAACCCACAUCCAAAAAAUCAGCUACCAAAAGGAAAAACAAAAUAGUUAAAUUCAGUUGAUAGUGAAAGCUAUCAAUCUAUUGUAAUAUCUGAUAUAUGUAAAUAUUGCUCUUACAGAGUGUAUAUAGAUAUUGAUUAUCAAUAUAAUAAUAUUACUAAAAUUUGGUUUUCAUUUUUCCCUUGAACAAGUUCUAUUCUUUAUUUGUUUAAAAGUGUG